AUGACCACGAACAGCAAGGGCCCCAACACUGACCCCUGCAGAAUCCUGAUGGACAUGAGCUUCCAGUCGCAAAAACACCCCUCGAUCAUCACCCUCUGCUUCCCGCCACUCAGCCAAUUCUGGAUCCAACCAGCUAAACUUCCCACGGCUGUCACCUUCACCAUCAAUCACACGUGUGAUUCACCAACAGAAUAUAUUAUGCAGGAAUCAUCAGAGAAUCAGUCUGGGGAAAUGAUCACUCCCCAAAAUGAUAGUAACCAGCCCUUCAUCAGCCUUUUUACGGUCUCUUCCAUUGGUACUACCACCAGCUCCAAGAAUGUGAUCCUGGAACUUCCUGGUGUUUCAGCAGUUACUGCAGCAUCCCAGGUCUUUACACCAUCACCAUUGUGUGGUGAGAUUUUUCAAACUCCUGAGGGUUCAUUUUCCAGCCCCCGUUAUCCAGCACAAUAUCCGGCAAAUCUGGUCUGUGUCUGGUACAUUGUGGCGGAACCGGGCUACGUGAUCCGGUUUAAGAUCAACUCAAUGAAUAUAGAAGGAAAGACACCGUGUCAUUUUGACUGGCUUGAUCUCCAUGAGGAGACAGAGAAUGGACUUCACUCUCACCAGAUAGCAAGGUUAUGUGGAAAUGUUGUACCUCCCACUGUCAAUACCAACACUAGUCGGCUGAAAGUUUCUUUUGUGUCUGAUGCAAGUGUUGCUGGACAUGGUUUCACAGCACGAUACUGGAUAAUUGCAUCAAGUGACAAGAGCUGUGCCUGGGAUGAGUUUCUGUGCGAUGAUGGCCGCUGUCUUUUCACCAGCUUUAACUGCAACAACUUUUAUGAUUGUUUGGACAAGACUGAUGAGCUGAAUUGUGCUGAUCAACAACAUGAUUGUGGUGGGAUUCUGACUGCUCUGGAAGGAUCUCUGGCUACUCCGAAACACCCUGAGCUGUAUCCACACAAGCAAGUGUGUGUGUGGCACAUAUCAGUUCCUCAGGAUCAUGUCAUUCAGUUGCUAUUCCACAACUUCAGCCUGGAGCCUGCAGCUGACUGUCGCUAUGACUUUGUGGAGGUACAUGACCAGGUGAACAGCAGUCCCAGCCGUCUCAUGGGCAGAUACUGUGGGCAUUCACUCCCUCCAGUUCUGACAUCAGCCCGACACGAGAUGCUGGUUCUUUUUGUGGCUGAUGCGGAAGAAUCAGAGGCGGGAUUCUUUGCCACCUACCAAUCAAUAAACAGGAGUGAGGCAACAUGCAGCCCUCAUGAAUUCAGAUGUAUAGAUGGACAGUGUGAAGCAAUGCAGUGGGUGUGUGAUGGCUGGAAUGACUGCUCAGAUGGGAGCGAUGAGAUGAACUGCAGUGAUGUUACCCAUCUCCCUUAUGAAGCUAAUUGUGAGAAGAUUGAGGUGGAGAUGUGUCAAGGCCUCAGUUAUAAUGAGACUUCAUUCCCCAAUAUUUGGCUUGGAAUUGCAGAUCAGAGGAGUGCUAUUUCUGCCCUGAAGGACUACAAGCUUCUGACUGAGUUGGUUUGCUAUGAGACUCUACGCCUACUGACCUGCAGCAUCAUUGUGCCUAAAUGUACACAGGAUGGUGGAGUGAUGCCACCGUGCCAGUCCCUCUGCCAAUCUGCUGAGAAACAGUGUCAGCAUUCACUCGAGUCUCUGGGCAUAAUGUGGCCUUUCAACUGUAACAUUUUCCCAGUCUCUGAUGAUCCAAUUGAAUGCUGCUUCUUGUUAGUGAUUAAUUCAGUUGGUGGAAAACUCGGGACAGAAAUGACGGCCAUCUAUCCUCCUCCCAGCUGCUGUUCCCAAACUCUGACUGAGCAGAGUGAUCUCACACACCAGAGCCAAGGACUGUGGGACCCUCAGGUCCUUGUCUAA